AUGGAGCACAACUAUACCACCCCACAGCGGGCGCUGCGCAGCACGGCGGCUCCAACACCCGACCAGCCCGGUGUUCUUCGGGAGGGAAACGAGGCCUCCUCCCCCGCACCGCGCUUCCCCACUGCAUCCCCUCCCAGUGCGGCCCAGCGCAGCGGCAACGCGAGCCGUGCAACGCCGUCCUACUCGCAGCUUGGCAACGUCCAGCAGCAGCAGCAGCGUGGCAGCUACCGCCAUCGCGGCUGGCGAAGUAAUCACGAAGGCAGCGAGCUCCUCCAUGCGCGCGACAGCAGCCACGUCAGGGGCACGACAGGUCAGGACAGCAGUGAGCCCAGUCGGCGCCAGCACUCUGCCUCCGCCAGGCAAGCCAAUCGCCCGCGGAAGCCGUCUCCGUCGGGCAACUCGCCCGACGAGGACCGCCGGCGGUGUCAGCGCGACAAGCAGAUCCACUUUGGCUACGCCACCGACGGCUACGUGAACAUGGAACGUCUCAUUCGGCACGACCCGCUGCUGAAGGGCGGUGGCCUUCUUCCGCUGUCGCCACCGACGGUCGUGAAGGGCAGCAAACGCAUCUGGGACAUUCAACUGCGCAAGUGGCGGCGAGCGCUGCACAUGUUCGACUACGUCUUCAUCGACGGCGAGGACGACCCGGAGACGCGGGCCACGGUGUUGGAGGAGCAGCGGCGACAGUGGGUGAGUGAGGCGUUCCAGGAGGCGCCACGGGAGUUGCGGAAGCGCAUCCCCCUCGACGCCCUGCGCCGCGUGCAGCACGCCGCUGCCGUGCCGACGACGAUCCCUGUCGAGGACGAUCUGCGGUGCAUCCUGCGCAGCGAGGAUUGCUACGAGUCCGUCCGCAGCGUCGUCCCGCAGAGCGCGUCGUCGCUCACAAAAGGGACGGACAUCAGCCCUCUUGAGGCGGGCAUCAAGAUUCACAUUGCGCCGUCGUCGGCCGUGCUGCAGCGGCAGCAGGUGCAGCAAGAGCUGCAGCAGCGCCUCACCGCGUUGCAACAGCAACAGCUGCUCCCGUCUCCCUCCCCACCGCAGGCGAAGCUGUCCGUUGAUGUGGCACUUAGCAGGACCCCGCUGCGACGUGCUAGCCCACCGCCGACCGCAGCGGCGGCGCCUCAGCAAACCCAGCCCUCGCAGCCGCGUCCAUUGGAAGCUCCCUCGCCGAGUCCCCGCCGGCCACCGUUGCCGUCGCCAGUGGAGUCGCAUCCGGUCCGUGCAGCUACCACAGGAAAACAACAGCGGCAGCAGCAGCAGCAGCAGCGACCUUCCGCUUCGUACCGGCCGAGCGAGAGCCCCAGUCCCGUCGUUGUGCGGCCCACCGCAGCGGUCGCCACUGCUGGUGCCGUCGUUGCACCGAUGCGUGGUCCAUGCAGCGCGGGGUUCUUAUCCGCGCCGUCGUCGGUCUCUGCGACCAUGGCGAUGACGAUGACCGACUCAGCGGGCGCGUCUGCCAGUCAGCCUGCGCCUUUCUCGUUGAACCCGUAUCACCGCGGACGCCUUUCAGGUGAAGCAAGUGUGUCCUCCUUUGGGGGGCUGAUGAGAGGCCAGUCACCGCCCACGGCAUCCGCUGUCUUGGCCCCUUCCCCCUUCCCGGGUAUGAUGCCUCCCCCCGGCACGAUUGUUUCUUCGCCGACCGGCAUAGUCGGCCUCUCAGCGCCUGGCUACUUCGCCGGCCCAGCUGGCUAUGCUAAUGUGUACUCGUCGAUGUUGUGGGGUGAAGCAUCGACUGUCACGCCAGCAGAGCCGGUGAGCGGCGUCGUCUACGGGGUGUCGCACGCCGCGCCUGUGGGGGCGCCGUGGGUGGUGGUGCAGCCGCCGCCGCAUCUCUUCGCGGAUCCGUCCGCUGUCCACCUGUCCGCACCGGUGACGACGAGGACGACAGGAAUGCCGCCGAAUGCUGCACGAGUUCCGGCCGCCACCGCCAUCGAAAAUUUCGAUUCCUCGCUGUCCGGCCGCCUGUCCGGCUCGCUGAUGUCACCCAGCGCGCAUCCGCUUCAGAGCACUAACAGAUUUCUUCCCUACGGCGUCUACCCUUCUUCACUGGAGAGAAUCACAGAGGCCCAGACGCCCCCUAGCGCGUUGUUGCGCGAAGGCGGUCGUCGUGGCGGUGGUGGAGGCGGCCAUAACACAGGGGUCGUCACUCCACAGACCAUCCCACGCUUUGUGGCGCGUCUGUCGACGUCGCCGAGCGAGCAGCGCCUCGGCAGGCAUCAGCAGCAGCACCACGAACACCGUUACGGAGAUGCGGGCACAGGUGCCACACGCACACGCAGGCCAGAGUCUUCGCCUUUCCCCUCUCAAAGAGUCGCACAGGACAUGGCGGAUCGGUCGUCGAUGCAGUCGCCAUCCGAAGCUAUCGAGGGACCCGAGAAGAGUCCGUCGUUUGCGGACUUGACGCCGGAGCGAGCGCUGUUUGGUGCCGCGGCCGCGACGGCGGAGGCCCACACAGAAGCCCGACCCGUGCCGCUGCGAGGCGACUCCGUUGCAGAGGGCGACGACGGCGAGACGGCAGGGAAGGAGCGGAUGGAGGGCGAUGGCGCUGAGGGAAUCGCGGCUGCUCCGCUGAACUUCCACACAGAGGCGGCUUAG